AUGGCCCUCCGUCACCUCAGCACCGGCGGCCUUGGCAAGCUUCGCGUCCAUGGGGAUGUUGAGCACGGGAUUGCCAGUCAGGUCAUAGUAGGCCUCCUGCAGAGUGCAGCCCUCAAUGUUAUCAUAGCCAGUGUAGAACUUCGCGUAGGCCUUCUCCAGCAGCAAGGGCCACCAGUGCUCCGUGGGGGAACGGGUGUACAGCACUUCACCCUCGUCCAGUGGGAUGUAGUCGUCGAUUUCUACCAUCACCCACUCUUUACCGCGAAAGAACUGGAAGGUGUAGCGGCCGUCACGGCGGACGUUCUUCGUGAUGAAGCAGUUCUGGAUUACGGCGGGGAACCGCACCAGAGUAGACAGUGCCGUGAGCAUGAAGCAUUCGUAGUGGUUGCCUUGUCCAAACUGCUCGCGCGAGAAGCUUGCUGGCAGGAGAGGCUGGUUCAGACCUUGUGGGUACAGUUCACCGAUACGGAUCCAAUGGUCCGAGAUGUGCUUGUUCUUUUCCAUGAAUACGGUGUCAUGGAAUACAUUGCCGCUGUCGGGGAUUUCCUGAAAGGCUUGGUAACUCAUUUUCUUGCAAGGGAUACUAUCUCUCAAGUAAGAUUCAGCGUGGAUGUGUAA